ACCAGGCGACGUUGUCCUGGUUUCGGUUUCCGUCUCCUUUGCAUCGCGUGUUUGCUCUUGUGAAAGUUUUUCCGGCGGUGCCAGUCGCCAAACUUUGAGGCGUCAACAAAAGCGAAACUAGCCACAAAAAAAAAAAAAGAAAUGCACGCGGCAAAUGGAAAAGACCAAGCCAAGCUUGGCUAAAAGCUAUGCAAAUUGCGACUGGGUUUUGACCAAGUGUUGACUUCCAUUUGCUGCGACAAAAUGAAUUUUUCAACAGCGAGAAUUUGUAAAUAUUGAGAGAAUUAAGGGGACACUGAAAGUUGAUAGGGAUUAGCAUAGAAUUUGUUUAACUUAUUUCCUAGCAGGCUUUGAGGUGUACACUCACACAUUUCCAUUCCAUCCACAUACACUCGAAUCCAUAUUUUUGCUUUCAAUAACCCUUUUUCCAAAUUCUCUUGGACAUGUCGCGCUUUUUCUCACCCUUUAACGUCGUGUUGCGGCAACAGUCGACGGUCCGUUUACAGUUUUCUCGCCGCUUUGCAAGCGAAUUCCAGAGUCGCUUAAUGAUAACAACAAUAAGAAAUAAUAAACUCAAUCGAUCUGAGCCGUAUGUGAUCAAUCAUAAUCGCAGAGUUCCGCCAGAUGAAAGUCAGCAACCAGCACGCCGGCAACCUUGCCACCACAGGCUGCCUCGUGGUCGCAGAUGUCCUCCAAGAGAAGUUCCAAUCAAAAGACUGGAGGUGAAGGAGGUGCUUGAACCACGACGCAUCUCGCCGCCUCCUCAAAGCUCUAUCGAUCUGGUUAUGUCGGCUGACAAGCCACCAGCACCACCAAAAGAUACCAAGCUGCCUGCUGUGAGUUCAGGUGGAGGAGGGGCCAGUGGAGCUGCGGGCGGAGUGGGAAGUGCGGCUGGAGGCGGUGGCAAGAGAUCAGGAGGUAGUGUGAAGCCAAUUCCUGUGACACUCAUGCCAGGUGACGGCAUUGGCCCAGAGAUCUCGCUGGCCGUGCUGGAGAUCCUAAAGGCGGUUAAAGCUCCGUUGGUCUUCGAGCCAGUCGAUGUCACACCCGUGAUAAAUGAUAAAGGCAUUCAAACUGUGCCUCAGGCUGUCAUCGAUAGCAUGAAGCGAACCAAGCUGGGACUCAAAGGUCCACUGAUGACUCCAAUAGCCUCUGGCUUUCGUUCCCUGAAUCUCAUCCUGCGUGUGCUCUUCAAUCUGUAUGCGAAUGUGCGUCCCUGUCGAUCCCUGGCUGGCGUGGAGACAGUCUAUGGCACCGUGGACGUAAUCACCAUACGGGAGAAUACGGAGGGGGAAUAUUCGGGCAUUGAGCAUCAGUUGGUCAAUGGUGUGGUCCAGAGCAUCAAGCUGAUCACCCGUCAAGCCUCCCUACGGGUUGCCGAGUAUUGCUUCCAGUAUGCGAUUGCCAUGAAGCGCAAGAAGAUCACGGCGGUCCAUAAGCGUUCCAGCAUGAGGAUGUCGGAUGGACUCUUUAUCAAUUGUGUGCGUGAGGUGUCCGAGAAGUACAAGGAUCAGUUGAAGUCCAGUGGCAUUACUUACGAGGAGCAGGCUAUCAAUGAAGUCUGCCUCAAGAUUGUGACCGAUCCCACGCAAUUCGAUGUGCUCGUCAUGCCCAAUCUCUAUGGCGAUAUUCUGUCAGAUACUUGUGCGGGUUUAAUCGGUGGCCUUGGCUUAACUCCCUCGGGAAACAUCGGCACCAAUGGCGCCAUUUUCGAGGCUGUUCACGGCACUGCUCCGAAUAUUGCUGGCCAGGAUUUGGCCAAUCCCACAGCUCUUCUACUCUCCGCUUCAAUGUUACUGCGAUACAUCAACAUGGGCAGUUUUGCGGAUAAAAUAGAGACGGCCAUUGUGAAGACCAUCAAGGUGGAUAAUGUGCGUACCCAAGAUCUCGGUGGGAAGGCUAAGUGCUCUGAAUAUACCAGGGCUGUCAUUAAAAAUCUCGGCUAGUCCUUUCUUUGUGAGAAACUUUGUUUAUAUCCGGUUAAUUAUCAACUGAACUGGAUCUGUUGAACCUUUUGUUUGCGAUCAUGUCUAACAACUUAUUGAAAUUUUUAUGUGCUUUUUAUUACUGUAUUCGAAUUACUCGUAUAUGAUAAUGACUGCUUUAAUAAAUGCGAAAUUUAACAGAGAA